UCAUAUCCAAACUACUGUAAAUCACUAUCCAAUCAUAUGUCAAUUAAUUACAUGACCCUUAUGCAAUUGCAUUUUCAAAAAGUGAAAACUUGAUAACUUGUAUAACCGGUAACCAAUUUUUAAAAAAAUUUGAGGACAUUAUAAAGGACAAAUGGUGCAUGGGUGCACUAUAGAAGGUGCCGGGUUUUAUGUAGUUCGUCAAAAAAAAAAAAACAACGUGUCUUCUCCGAAAUCCGAACCUCAGCUGUUAGUUAACUUUUGAUCGCUAUAGCUACACUCCAAGCUCCUCGUCUCCAUCUUCCAACACUUUUCUUUCAUACCUUCACUCAAAGAGUCCCACAUCUGACUUUCAUUUUUCUCAAUUCUCACUAUAUAUUGAAGCAAUAGUCUCCAUCCCGAAUCUCUCUCCCGUACAUUUCUCUCUUCAAUGGCGACGAUAACUGACUCCAUCGUUCUCUAUUCUUCGGCUCAAAAUUCAUAUCUCCGGCCGGUGAUAUCGUCAAGGCCGGCUCUUUCCAUCUCUGUUCGCCGGAGACUGGGUGCGUUGCCGGAAUUCAGGGGCUUGAGGGUUCACUUGCUUCCCAAACCGUCGCCCGCUCCCUCCAAUUUUCCAAAAGCCAGGCCUUUUCCAUCAACUGCCGGCAUUGUCUCUCAAGCUCAGGAUACCACUCUCGAUGUUCCUACAGUUACGGAUAGAACAUGGAACUCACUGGUCCUCAAAGCUGAUGGCCCUGUAUUGGUUGAGUUUUGGGCUCCAUGGUGUGGGCCUUGCCGCACGAUCCAUCCAGUAGUAGGUGAACUAGCAAAGGAGUAUGCUGGGAAGCUUAAGUGCUUUAAGUUAAGCACGGAUGAUACUCCUUCAAUUGCAACCCAAUAUGGAAUUCGAAGUGUCCCAACCAUCAUGAUUUUCAUCAAUGGUGAGAAAAAGGACGCAAUAAUUGGUGCUGUGCCUAAAACCACAUUGACUGCUACCAUUGAGAAAUUUUUGUAGGUGGGUAUGGAAAUCUUUUGCAAAAUUUCUAUUUGUAUUUUUCUUUUCUUUCAUGUUCUCUUUGCUGUUAGGUAAUAAAUUGAUUAGUCUAUCAAAUUUGGAAGCAUCUUUUAUCUUGUCUUUUGAUGGUCAUCUAUGUUGAUUUUCUACACGAACGCCUCUCGACUUCUCCAAUAAUAUUGGCCUUGCUGAAAAUUUCUUGCCCCAAGGAAGUACCAGAGGGUCAACUUUCACAACUUUGAAAAGCUUCUACAUAAGACCCUACAAUGACCUGGGUCUUGCCUUCUUACCCACUCACAUUUUUUCAUAUUUUCUACUAUUCUAGAACUUUUGAACUUGACUAGGCCUUCAUGUUGAUUUGAUGUUGUUGGAUCUUACUGGAAAAUAUGUUGUUACUUUCUUUUGAAUUGCUGUCACCAAUAAAGAUAAAUAAAUCAAGGGCUGCAGCCUGCGUACAAGUUACAUCUAGAAUCUCACAAGAGUUCUGACUCUUCUUCUAAGCCAUUUCUGAUUAUGAUGUUGAUGUCUUUGAUUCAAAAACUAUGACUAUUUCUGUUGUUUAUAUGACUUGAAUCAAACUGAGGACUUCAUUCUUAUUGGCAACUGAAUAAGAAAAUAGGGUCGAAGUUAGAAGUUGCCUUGUUUACAAUUAUGAAAAAACAGGAGGAAAGUCUAUAUUAUGAUAGAAACUACAUUUUUUGGUCUCUGUUCUUGAAUUUUUCCAUGCCAGAAGUAUGUUUAGGGAACCAUUUAUUCUAUUAUUUCUCAAAGAAAAGUCUCAGUAAACUUGAAAGCUAGACUGAUGAGUUUGUCUUUCAACAGAAAAAAAGAAAAAAGAAAAAAGAAAAAAAAAAGGCUUUCAUGAGAAGACAGAAAUAAAAUACUUCAUUCCAUUUUA